AUCCAGAUUUAUUGUUAUUGCGCAUGCUCUGAUCCACCUUAAUUUCCGCAUUCACCGGAAGUGUAACGACUGGACUAUAACGGUGUCAGUUUUUAUUUCACGUACAGAUUUUGCUCAUUAAGAGGAUUUCGGGUGUCUUUUAUGAAUAAUCAAAAGCAGCAGAAGCCUACGCUAACAGGCCAGCGCUUCAAAACCAGGAAAAGAGAUGAAAAGGAGAGGUUUGACCCUACCCAUUUUCAGGAGAGCAUCGUACAAGGUCUGAACCAAACUGGCACUGACUUGGACGCCGUCGCAAAGUUCCUUGAUUCCUCUGGCGCCAAACUUGACUAUCGUCGCUAUGCUGAGACUCUGUUCGACAUCCUGGUGGCCGGCGGGAUGCUGGCCCCGGGGGGCACAAUGGCAGAUGACAUGACGUGCACCGACUUCUGUCUCUUCAAGGCACAAGAGGACAUGGAGACAAUGCAGGCAUAUGCACAGGUCUUUAACAAGCUCAUCAGGCGUUACAAAUACUUGGAGAAGGGAUUCGAGGAGGAGAUUAAAAAGCUGCUGCUGUUUCUCAAGGGCUUCACAGAGUCUGAGCGCAACAAGCUGGCCAUGCUAACAGGAAUCCUGCUGGCUAACGGCAAUAUCUCCGCAUCCAUCCUCAGCAGCCUGUUCAACGAGAACGUGGUUAAAGAAGGUGUGUCAGCGUGCUUCGCUGUCAAACUCUUCAAAUCCUGGCUUUCUGAGAAGGACAUCAGCUCCGUCGCUGGCAAUCUCAGAAAGGUUGGCAUGGACAACAGGCUCAUGGAGCUGUUCCCUGCCAACAAGCGCAGUUGCGAGCACUUCUCCAAGUACUUCACUGACGCUGGGCUCAAGGAGCUUUCGGACUUAGUCAGAAACCAGCAGUCCUUAGGUGCACGUAAGGAGGUGCAGAAAGAGCUCCUGGAGCAGAUGUCACGUGGGGACCCCCUGAAAGACAUCAUCGCCUUCUUGCGAGAGGAAUUAAAGAAGAACAACAUCGCUGAGCAGACGAUGAUUGGACUAAUCUGGGCUAGCUUAAUGAGCUCCGUGGAGUGGAACAAGAAGGAGGAGCUAGUGACAGAACAAGCCAUCAAACUUCUAAAGCAAUACAGCCCAAUGUUGAAGGCUUUUACCUCCCAGGGCCUCUCUGAACUGACUCUGCUGGUGAAGAUCCAGGAGUACUGUUAUGACAACAUUCAUUUCAUGAAAGCCUUUCAGAAAAUCGUUGUACUGCUCUACAAAGCGGAUGUCUUGAGCGAGGAGGCAAUUUUGAAGUGGUACCACGAUGCCCACCUGACCAAAGGAAAGAGCGUCUUCCUUGAGCAGAUGAAAAAGUUCGUGGAGUGGCUGAAGUUCGCAGAGGAAGAGUCUGAGUCUGAGGAGGAGGAGACCGACUGAGGACCACUCGCUACAUAGCUACCGUCUCGAUUUGUAUUUUGACGUAAAUACGGCACCAGAUGCAUUAGGAGGAUUCAUAACAGGAGCCUGUCUAUCUUUCUUUCUGUUUUUCCUUUUCUAUUCUCUACCUCCUCGUAUCUAGUUCAACCGUAAUGUAAGGGCUUUAAUACUGCUUUUAUUUCCACCAUGUUUUCUGUCUGAAUCAAUACUUAAACUCUCCUUUUAACUCUCCAGGAAGCGGUCACAGUGCCACAGUUAAACUAAAUGGACUGAAAGCCCCUUUCAUGUAAUAAAGGGGGAUAUUUUUUGGAAUACUUCCCUUUAAAAGGAGCCAGUUUGAAGGCUUAUUUCUAGGUUACUGUAUUUAAUCAUGAAGCUCUUAUUUGCCAGAGGUCUAUCUGUGCAGCCAUGAUAUCCUGAUCCUCCUGAAAGGCAGAAUGGUUUUGUACCCAUCAUUAUACGUCUUUGCCAAUUAUUUGACAACUUUGAAUUUAUUGCCAGUUUUUGGAUUCUGUCUCCGUUGUUGCUGAUGGAGCUGGACUGUUUCAACACAGCGAUGGCGACAAUCGGCCAUACGAGGAAAUUUCAUAAACCUCACGUACCAGAACCAUCCUUACGUUGUAAAUUAUUAUUAUUUUUCCCUUUACGAUACCCUUUUGACUUUUUAAAAAUAAAUGGAUACUCAUGGUUUUCA